AUUAAUACGUACGUUGGGAUCAUUAUCUUGGUUUACGUGAGUUUUUUCAGGUAACACCCAGUUCUAUUCUUUUUAAGUGGUAAUUGUUUUUUAAAAAUAUCUCAAAAUGCAUCUGUGUUUACGCAUUGCUCGCUUAUUAUAAAAGCAGAUUAUAUUAACGAUGUCAAUACGUUGUGUAUAGUCACUUAGUAAAUACCGUUCCACACAUUUGGAGAAGAUGUAUCUUCACCACAAAGAGGUGUCACUCUGUCUUGCUGCAGCUGUUAUUUGCUUCAAUAUCGCAACAAUAAAUGCUGAUUACAGUGCUGAAGUUGCUUACGUUAUUAAAAGUACAUCUGGAGAUUUGUAUGUGGAUGCCACUAACACUACAACGAUUCAGAUACAAAAUUUUGACGGAACUCCCAGUCAACUCUGGAGAAUUGAUUGUGGGCACACACCUGGCUUGUUUCGUCUUUUUAACUAUCAGUAUACAGCCUUUUUGUCUAUACCACAGUUUAACAGUACCAAACCUCCUCCACUUGUUCUGGACGAUGGAACUUACGAGUUUUGGCAAGAGUGGUUCCUGAAUGGUAAUGGAAGAAUUACUAAUGCGGCCAUACUCUACAACUUGCAUAUUAUACAUUCUGAAUUUGAACCAGGAAGUUUGGUUGGGUUAUAUCCAGACAACGGAUAUUUAAAUCAGGAAUGGGAAAUUGUACAAAUUACUAGGGAUAAAAGUUUUAAGUAAAAUUUAUUUAUUUCUUACGCUAUAUGGUAUUGUUUGUUGUUAUAAUUUUUGAAUGUUACAUUUGUAAAAAUAAGAUUGUUAGCAAUUUUUAAAAAUUUUGAUGUACAACAGUUGCCAAAGCAAACAAGAUAUUAUGUAAAAUUUUAAUGCAUAAACAAGUGAAAAUUCUAUGUGGAACUCUUUUAUAUUAUUUAUCUCCAGAACAUUACUAACUUAUCAGUAAUUACUAUCUGAAAAAAAAAUCAUCUUUCAGAAACUAGUAAGUACUUUUAAAAUGCGUACUCGUAUUAUUUGAAACUGGAAGAUUUAAAAUAUGGUUUCUUCUUACGUUUCUAAUCUCGGAAACACGGAAUAAGGUGAAAAGGGGAGAAAGGAUUUUGCUUGGGCCCUCUAAAAUAUUAAAUCCGGUGCUGCUUCUGUGAAAUCAAAUUGUAAUUAUUAAUUUUCACAGACUCAGAUGAAAUUCCGAAUUCUUAUUUUAUUAGUCGAUUUAUUAAUGCGGAAAAAAUCUCAAAAACAUAUAUACCGGGACAUUUUUUAGCUCUGAACAUACUUUUGUCUCGAUGUUCAAUUUUAAAAAAUACAGGUCAAAUAAAAAAUUUAGACGUUUCUUUUUAUUUGUCAUCAGUUUGUCAUUACAUAUAGUGUCAUUACUAUCAGUCAUGCCUGAAAAAAAACCCAUUUACGGCUUCGGAAGCUCCGUUAAACGAUUCCGCACUCUCGGCAUUCACCCCGAGUUGAUUUCCAUAAACACCACCAAUCCGCUCGGACCCGGCCAGUACAACCCCAAACACCCACAAUGCGCUUACGCCAGCAAAGCAGCCAGCUGGAAGACAAAAUUCGAAAGUGAGGAGUUCUCAAAAUAUUUGGGCCACAAGCACCCCCAAAUGCUGUGUGACAGAAAUUUCAGGAAAACGCUUGGAGGUCCAGGCAAUUACGAAAUUCGCGGCGAGCUCCCAACUGGACCAAGUGUUUUAAAGAACGUGGGUUUCGGGACCGGGGAAAGAUUCCACUCACCCAUCAAGGAUGAAAAGUUACCACCUGGUUCACAUACCAUCAAGAAGCUCACUACGAAAUUCUCCAAAACCCCCACUUUGGAAUGGGGCGGCUUUAGCUCAAGAUUCAAAUCAACGGAGCCUGCUUAUCGACAGGCCCCAAAUCGGUACAACGUGCCUCAUUACAGCAUUAUAGACAAAAAGGUGUCGAAAAGGGGGCCUUACGACACGUUUACGGGGCCCCGGGAUCAAACUACCAUUAAAAAUCAUUUCGCUCCGGCGCUGUUCAAGACACCUGACAUCAUGUACAAUGUGCCUAGCGCCCUCGACCACCUCCUACACAACCCUAGUAAAAAAAGAUAUGGCAAAUUCCUUCAGGAUGAACGCUUCCCGGAAGGAGCGAGCAUAAUGGCCACGAAAAACGGCUUGACUAUGUAUAUGAGAGACACGGAAAAUCCGGGACCUGCUAUUUAUAAUCCCUAUGUGGCUGCGAUCAAACCAGUAAAGGACAAUUUGUAUCCUUUCAAUAGUUCUAAUGUGCACGCUCGGCCGCCUCAGGACUGGAAAAUUCAUCCAGGACCGGAUCGAUAUGAAGUUAGAUACCCGACUUGUCAUAUGAAGAGGGCCAAAGGGUCGUGGGUGUUUUUGUCGAAGGCGAGUCGAGGUUUUGUCAAAGUGGAGAGUUACAGCAAUUUUCUUUAUUAGAUUUCUUGGAUAUAUUUUUUAAAUAUACAAAAUUUCUAGAUGUG